AUGAAAUACAGACCGGAAUUGAAUUUUGUAUUAAAAGGAACAUCGUUUUGUAUUAAAUCAGGAUAAAGUGUUGGAUGUGUAGGAAGAACUGGAGCAGGUAAAUCUUCAUUAUUGUAAGCUUUGUUUAGAAUGACUAAUAUAGAGCCAUAAAGUAAAAUUCUUUUAGAUGGAGUAGAUAUUCGUACUAUCGGAUUAAAUACUCUUAGAAGCAGUAUUAGCAUAAUUCCUUAAGCACCAUUUUUAUUUUCAGGAAACGUCCGUAAAAAUAUAGAUCCUUUAAAUUAAUAUUAGGAUACUGAAGUUUGGGAAGCUUUAUAAUUAGCAGAAUUGAAAGAAACAGUUUCAUAACUAAAAGAUGGAUUAAAUACUGAUAUGCCAAAUGCAUAAAGUUUAUUUUCAACAGGUUAAAAAUAACUUAUUUGCUUAGCUAGAGCAAUCCUUAAAAAUAGUAAAAUUCUAGUUUUAGAUGAAGCCACAGCUAAUGUUGAUAUGAAAACCGACGAAAUUAUAUAAAAUGCAAUUAAAAAAUAAUUUAUAGGUUAUUUUGGUUAUGGAUCAAGGGAAAGUUGCUGA